AUGACAUGCUCUUUCCUUCCCCAUGUUCAUUUUCUGAGCACAUUAAUCCCUUUAUUGACUCGCCGCAAAUGAUAACAGGUGGUGGCAACCAUUCCGCUGUUAUCACCAAUAAAGGCGAGUUAUGGAUGAGUGGACUGAACACGGACUGUCAAUGCGGGUUACCAAGUAACAUUCCCAACUUAAUUGCCUUUGAAAAAGUUUUGCCUAAUGAAGAAACGAACAUGAAUGCACAAAAUAUGGGCGCGAUCAAAAGUGUCGCGUGUGGUUGGACACAUACGAUUAUAUCAACUGAAAGAGGUGAUGUAUACGCGUUUGGUAAAGGUAGUUUUGGUGAGUUGGGGUGUGGACCCUCAAAUCUAGCUUUGAAUGGUAAAACCCUACGAGUUGAAGGACUUGUAAAUGUUUGUAAGGUCGCGUGUGGUUUGAGACAUUCAGUCGCGUUGACUACUGACGGUGCGUGUUUUGGUUGGGGAAGCAAUCGGUAUGGUCAACUAGGCACAAUUAUUAAUGAAUCUGCCAAUGAGUAUAAGGAAAAAUCGAAAGCUGGGAAAAAUGUCCAAUAUUUUUCGCCUAUACGGAUUGUGAUUGAUAAGGAUUCGUCGCUUUUCAUGGUAGAUAUUGCUUGUGGACAGAAUCAUACUGUUUUUCUUUCCGCGACAGGUGACAUUUACACAUUUGGCAAUAAUAAAUACGGUCAGCUUGGAUAUGCGUCUCCGCAUGAUAUGGCGCAUGCUGAACAACCUAGAAAAGUGUCAGUGUUUCCCGGUAAAGUAGUGGAAAUAUCGUGUGGUUGGAGCAUCACAACUGCACGUAGCGAUGAUGGUCAAGUAGCAAUUUGGGGAAGAAAUGAUCAUGGUCAACUGGGAAUUAUUCAAAGAGCAGAAAGUGAAGAUAGAGGUUUUAUUAGUCAACAGGUUCCACUUUGUUAUAUCCCUAAGUUAGUCACGUUCCCUGAUGAUGACCACCGUCAUAUUAUUGCCGCUGUUACGUGUGGCUCAGAGCAUUCACUCGCCAUCACGGUAACAGGUCAGUGCUUUACCUGGGGAUGGAAUGAGCAUGGUAAUUGUGGAUCAGGAGAUAAAAUCAAUGUUUUCAGUCCGAAAUUUGUUAAUAUAGAUGGAAUAAUAAGUAAAAUCGGUGCAGGAUGUGGAACUUCUUGGAUCUGGAUUUCUGGAUAA